AAACCCAAUAAUAAUAAUUUGCCCUAAUUUGAAACAGUGAUCGAUCAGAAUCGGAUCAUGGAGAGAGUGUCAGGUUCAGGCACUAACGGAAAAGGAUACGCGUGGGCAGUUUCUGCUGGAUUUAAUGCCGCUCUUGCAGCCAUUUCUGUAAAGCUCCCUCUUCAACAGUUUCUCAGAUACGGAAUGGUGUUAUUGUUCAAUGUAACGAUGUGGGCUUGUUAUGUCAAUAGCCUUAAGGCUCUCUCCUCUCUUCAGGCAACUGUCACCAAUUUCGCUACCAAUUUUAUCUCUUCCGGUUUAGCAGGUUUCUUCUUUUUUAGGGAAUCACUCUCUUUCCAGUGGUUUGCAGGUGCCAUACUUAUAAUAAUUGGUGUAGUAAUACUUAGCAACUCAAGUAUUGAGGAGAAGUUUAGCACAGAUUAGGUGUUAAGAGUUCAGCAUGAUACCUUUUAAGGUUUGCUUGUUGAAGGCGGAGGCUAGCAUCUACAGCUGCAUGGAAGCAUGUUUUGGACUAGAACUUUGAAAUAUCUAGUAGUAAAGUUAGGUAGUUUACAGGGCUGUUCAGUUGACAUGAAACCAGCACAGCAAAAUCAAAAUCGCUUCUUGCCUUCGCCUAUUUAAUAACUCUUGUUAUAUGUCAUUCAGGUUCAGGCAGGCAGUUAUUAGCAGCAAGCAGCCUUUAGUUCUACCAUUUCUUUCUUAAAUUUAGUUUUGUAUUAUGAUCGCAAGGUUCAAUCUGCUAUAGAUUUCUGAAUGUUCAAAAUUCAUCUGCAACUACAAGUUUUCUAGCUCUCCAUUUCUUCCAUGAA